UGUGAUCGGAAUAGUUUUUCUCUUUCCCUGAGGGUUUCAUUUUUCUCUCUCUACAAUCGGCAGCUAAAACGCGGUAGCUCUCGGGGAGAAUUUUCUUGACCUUUCUCUUCCGAGAUUCUACCGGUCAGAGACGCCGGUCAGAAAUUUUCUCCAUUUUUUUUCAUAUAUCUUCAUAGAGAUCUAGUCAUUGUAUGCUUUCAAUUCAUCGGAAUCCGUCGAUUCACGGCAUUUUAUCGAUUGAAUUCACGGCAGUGGUGUAUAUCUCAAAUUUCAUGUCAAUUUGACUCUGGAACGCAACCAACAGGUAGCUAGCAUUGGAUUUGACUCGUUUUUCAUGUAAUUAGGGUUUAUAGUUUCUGGAGGAAGCAAAUUCAGAUGAAAUGAAACCCUAGCAUGUUGCGUCUGAGCUCUUAAUUUAUUCCGGUACGUACAUAUGGGUGUAAGAGAAGUGCUGUUGUGUCUCAUUGUAAUUUCUUGCGCAUUCGCAUCAACUAACGCGGAUGAUAACCUUCUAGUCUUCUCAGAUUCAGAAGAUCGUUUAAACCAGCACACGGCAGAGAUUAGUUGUAGGCUAGAGCUGUUAAACGCUAAGGAGGUUGAAGAAAUUCCUAGAAUUUACAAUGAUAGACUUAAAUAUCUCAUGGAUUUACCAUCUGAGGAUCGAAAUCAAACACUUAUUGAUUGUUUAAGAAAGAAAAAACUUGCAGUUGGACAGCGUCGAUUGCUUCAGAAUCUCACACCGUCUCCUAGUCCUAAUGCUUCGCCUGGCAAUGAUGCUGGAGGGGACUCGAAGGGGGACAAUGGAAACAACAAAGCAAUUAUAAUAGCUGUUGUUCUGACUGCAACAUUAUCAUUUGGUGCUGUAGGAAUUGUAUUUUGUGUCUACACUAUGAUUCUGAAGAAAGGUCCGGAUGAUCAUUUGAACGAUCAGAUACCUCUUUUCAGCUCAAGCAUGGCCGAAUACUCUGGUGGCUCAUCAAUUAAACAAAAUGGAUUAGGAAACUCCUUUAAUUCAGGGAUGAACGACAGUGCUUCGAUUAUCCAUUCCGAGGCUGAAAAACCUCUAGAAGUUGUUGUCGACAACCUUAAUAAUUUGUCAACCGAAAAUUUAUCACCUUCUCCUCUAAAGCUUCCUCCCGGAAGGUUACCUGAUCCUCCAGGAAUGGCACCUUUAAAGCCACCACCGGGCAUGGAGGACUCUGCACCACCACCUCCUCCUCCACCCAUGUCAGCAGGUCCUCCUCCACCUAUGCCACCACUUCCCCCAAAACCGCCAUCAGGCAUGCGACCUCCUCCUCCUCCUCCAGGACCGCCAGGAGGGUCUGGUCCUCGUCCACCACCGCCUCCAUCAAAUGGCCCUGGUCCGCCUCGACCACCAGGACCUCCGGGUGCACCUAGGCCGCCUGGACCUCCAGGCCCACCAGGUGUGAGGCCACCUAGAGGUGCUGGACCGGGAAGGGGUCAACGACCGGGUACCUCUAGUGAAGCUGAUGAUGCUAAUUCGAAAACUAAAUUGAAACCUUUCUUCUGGGAUAAGGUUCUUGCUAAUCCCGAUCAAUCGAUGGUUUGGCAUGAACUUAAAGCCGGUUCAUUCCAGUUUAAUGAAGAGGCGAUAGAGAGUUUGUUUGGUUAUGCGGCGGCUCCUCAAAAGAAAGAUAAUGCUAAGAAAGAUGCUGCCGAAUCUCAACCACAGUACAUUCACAUUAUUGACUCAAAGAAGUCGCAGAAUUUAUCUAUUUUACUGCGAGCAUGGAAUGUCAGAACCGAAGAAAUUUAUGAUGCUCUCCUAGAAGGAAAUGAGCUCCCAGCCGAGCUUCUUCAGACAUUAUUGAAGAUGGCACCAACUUCAGAUGAAGAACUUAAGCUAAGGCUUUACACUGGUGAUCUCGCUCGACUCGGUCCAGCAGAUCGUUUCCUAAAACUAUUGGUUGACAUUCCAUUUGCAUAUAAGCGUGUGGAAUCAUUACUCUUUAUGUGCACCCUUCAAGAAGAAUCCACAAUGGUUAAAGAGUCCUUCAAUGUAUUAGAGGCUGCUUGUACCGAACUUACAAAGAGCCGUUUAUUUCUCAAACUUCUGGAAGCCGUCCUCAAAACGGGGAACAGAAUGAACGACGGAACCUUCCGAGGCGGGGCCCAAGCAUUCAAGCUCGACACACUCUUAAAACUCUCGGACGUAAAAGGAAAAGACGGAAAAACCACCCUCCUCCACUUUGUGGUCCAAGAGAUAAUCCGAUCGGAAGGCAUAAGAUCGGCCCGAGCAGUAAGAGAGAGCAUGAGCAUGUCUAGCUUCAAAUCGGAAGACAUGCUCGGAGACGACACAACCAAUCUGGACACCGACGAACACUACCGAAGCCUAGGUCUUCAAGUCGUCUCGAGAUUGGGAAACGAUCUCGAGAACGUUAGAAGGGCGGCCGCAUUGGAUGCGGACGGUUUAACCGGCUCGGUUGCGAAACUCGGUUAUCAACUUGUGAAGGUUCGCGAUUUCUUGAAAGCCGAUAUGAGCGAAGUGGAGGACGAUAAGGGGUUUUUGUUAGCAUUGAAAAGUUUCGUUAAGAGCGCGGAGGUUGAUGUUACCUCUUUGCUCGAGGACGAGAAGAGGAUUAUGGCCGCGGUUAAGGGUACGGUCGAUUAUUUUCAUGGGAAAACAGGGAAGGAAGAAGGGUUAAGACUCUUUGGGAUUGUUAGGGAUUUUUUGAUUAUAUUGGAUAAGGUUUGUAAGGAGGUUGGGGAUGCCAACAAGAAGUCCAAUCCGAAUAAGAGUCAACGAAGAGAAACCGUCACCGUCGCACCACCAACACCGCCACCCGUAGAAGACAAGAAACCUUCUUCAUCGGAACCUCAACCUCCUCCGGAGGCUGCUCCUCCUCCUCCGCCAGUGGAGGCUGCUCCUCUGCAGCCACCUGUGGUGGCGGCUCCUCCACAGCCGCCUGUGGUGGCGGCGGUUUCUGAUCCUCGCGAACGGCUUUCGCAGGCAAUUAAGGACCGUCGGAUGGAGGAUGACGACGACGAUGACGACUACUCGGACACUAUGACCUUGAGCUCGGACGAUUAGAAAUAGUUUUUUGGUUUUUUUUUGGGUAAAAUAUAGUUAAGUUAUUAUUUGAUACGUGUGCCACAAGUGUGAUUGUUGUUGUAUAGUAUGAAAGAACACAAUUAAUUCAUUUUCUCUUUUCUCAUGUUUUGAGAAAGAAAAAUAUUCAGUUUUUGGUUAUUA